UGUCUUUUUGGCUUUCAUUACUUCUUUUUCUUUCUUCUUUUCCAAAUUCUCCUUGUCUCUUUGUUUCUUUGACAUAAAUAAUCAUAUUUGUUGCUGCUGCCAUUAAUCUGUCCUUCACUCUUCGAACCAGACAAUAAAGACCAAACAACAUUAUUCUUCCCACUGUUCCAUUAUCUGUUCUUCUUUUCCUUUUGUUUGUUCGCCAUAUAAAAAUGCCAAGACAAGAUCGGUACCAAAGCAGGAGAGACAACACAUCUUUCUCCUCGUCCCUUCUCGACGCCAUCUGCCGUUCGAUCGACGAAUCGAACGGUGAUAAUAGAUACGAAGAUCUGAUUUUUUGCAGAGACAAGACCAUCAUGAGGAAGGAGAAGCAAAGCAGUAGUUUGUUGAGACAAGGAGAAGUGAAUGACAGCGUUCAACAUGCUUGCAUGAUCGAGAAAUGGACGCAAAAGAAACAAGUUAGCGGCGGCGGCGUCUGUGAAAUUAAAGCCUUUGGGAUGGAUCCAAUGUUGUUGAACUCGAGUUCGUCGUCAUCGGAUUCUAGCUGCGGCGGCGGGUUUUCGUCAUCGGAGUCGGAUUCUUUCUGCAGUGCAAAAUCAAGAUCGUCUACGUCUCAUUGCCACCGGCCGAAAUAUAUCCAUGGCGGGGUUUCAACACAGAAUGAACCAAAUCACCAUGAAAUAAGUAGUGGUUUCAAAAGAACCAAGUCCAAGGCCAUGAAGAUUUACAGUGACCUGAAAACGGUCAAGCAACCGAUAUCUCCUGGUAGUAAACUCGCAAGCUUCAUUAACUCGUUGUUCACUUCGCCGAAGAAGAAGAAGAAGAAUCCGAAGAAGUCAGUCUCGGAAAAACCGACACCAAUGUGUUCCUCGGCUUCCUCGUUUACGAGAUCCUGUCUGUCGACGACAAAAACCACAUCUUCAAAGGGGAAUGCCGGGACAGGGACGAAGAGAUCGGUUCGGUUUUGUCCGGUUAACGUCAUUCUCGACGAGGAUUCAAGGCCAUGUGGGGAACUCAAAAUCCGCCAUGAAAACGAGCUUCAAGCGUCCAUGAGAAAACCAGUCAUGAACAAAGUGAUCGAGUACCGCAUCAUCGAAGAAAAUCGUAGGGUUGCCGAAGCUGCAAGGGAGCUUUUAAACAGUUACAGGAAGCAGAAGAACGAAGAGUUCGAUAUAAGAAAUAUCGACGACAACGAAGACGACGAUGCAGCUAGUUAUGCAAGCUCGGAUCUGUUUGAAUUGGAUCAUCUUUCUGCUAUUGGAAACGAAAGAUAUUUAGAAGAAUUGCCUGUGUAUGAAACAACCCAUUUUGAUACUAAUCGAGCCAUUGCUGAAGGUUUGAUUCUGUAAUAUCUAAACAUUU